AGAGCACGUGGCUCCAUGCCGAUCUCGGUCAAAACGCUCUUUAGCUCCAUGGAUCCCGGGAUGGGGGGCUCCGGCAAGGGCCCCAAGGCGGCAAGCCCAGGAAGCUCAAAAGGUGUCGGAGCCGGCGCCAAGGGCCAGUCCGUCGACAGCACAGGCACCAAGGGGGGCCCGUCGGUCGGCAAGAGCACCUUUGCUGGCGACGGCAAGGGCAAGGGCGGCGACACGCAGUUCACCAAGGGCGACAACUCCGGCAGCAAGGGCGCCAAGAAGGGCAAGGACGGCUUCAGCAACUCCGGCGACGGGGGCGGCGACGACGUGCGCUUCACCAAGGGUGGCAACCCCGGCGUCGACAGCAAGGGCGCCAAGGGCGUGAAGGGCACAACUCCGGCGACGGGGGCGGCGACGACGUGCGCUUCACGAAGGGUGGCAACUCCAGCGUCGACAGCAAGGGCGCCAAGGGCGUGAAGGGCAGCUUCAACAAGUCCGGCGACGCGGGCAACGUCGACACGCAGUUCACCAAGGGCGACAACUCCGGCAGCAAGGGCGCCAAGAAGGGCAAGGACGGCUUCAGGAACUCCGGCGACGGGGGCGGCGACGACGUGCGCUUCACCAAGGGUGGCAACUCCGGCGUCGACGGCAAGGGUGCCAAGGGCGGCAAGGACGGCUUCAGCAACUCCGACGGGGGCGCGAAGGGCGGCAAGGACGGCCUCAGCACGUCCGGCAAUCCACAGUUCACCAAGGGCGACCGCUCCGGCAGCAAGGGUGCCAAGGGCGGCAAGGACGGCUUCAGCAAGUCCGGCGACUGGGGCAGCAACGCGCAGUUCACCAACAAGGGCGACCGCGGCAGCAAGGGCGCCAAUCAGGGCGGCAAGGACGGCUGCAGCAACUCCGACGUGGGCGACAACGUGCGCUUGACCAAGGGCGCCGACUCCGGCGUCGACGGCAAGGGCGCCAAGGGCAACGUCAACAAGUCCGGCAACGGGGGAUCCGACCCGCAGAUCACCAAGGCCGCCGACGGCUUGCGCAAGGGCGACAACUUCGGCGGCAAGGGUCCCAGCGACGGGGGCAACAGCGUGCACUUCGCCAAGGGCGGCGACUCCGGCGGCAAGAGCGGCAAGGGCGUCAAGGGCGGCUUCAACAAGUCCGGCGACGGGGUCAGCGUCGACGUGCAGUUCACCAAGGGCGAUGGCAGCAAGGGCGUCGCGGGCGGCUUCGCCAAGGGCGGCGGCAAGGACGGCGACGCUGCUGACGUGGGCAGCACAGGCUUUCCCAAAAAGGCAAGGCCGGCGCCGGCGCCUGAAACUCUGACCAUCGCAAAGAAGGCAAGGCCGCAGCCCCCGGCGCCAUCGGGCCCUGAUGAUGAGGACUCCAGCCUGCAAACUCCACCGCCAAAGAGGCAGAGGCAAGAUUCUUCAAGCCCAGCCAAGCCACAGCUCCAGUCUUCCGUGAGCUUCCUCACCGACUUGGAAGGCGUCCCUGAAGUUCCCAACCUGACCAGCGGCGGCCAGGGCACGGGCCGGACUAAACGAAUCAAAGUUUUGAGCGACUCCCAACGCGCAGCAAUCGCUCGCCUUCAGUGUUGGGAGGACAUGCCUGCCCCAGAGCGGAAACGGCAGCGCGAAGCGCUCCGGCGGCGUAUGCAGAAGACUCAGGAUCUUAAGCCGGGUUUGUAUGAGAAGUGGAUUUCCGCCACAUCGCCCGCCACAACGUUCGACUUCUUGAAGUGCUGGCUUCUGGACCCGACCAUGGCAACAAUGCAAGUGGAAACACACUUCGUGCAGCAAGCAGAGUCGAAAUCGAAGAGCAAGUUCAUAGAGCUCCCUUUGAAUGAGCUGGAGGAACUCUACAAAACCGAAGAAGACCGGAAAUGGUUGAUGGAGAAGGUGGUCGCCAAACAGUGCGGCACGCCGCACCCGCAAGACCCCGAAAACGGGCGCCGAAGAAUCUACAAAGUCUUCAAGUGCAUCGAGAGAUCUGAGGGACAAACAAAGAUUGUCGGCACAAAUCUGAAGGGCUCCGUCAACGUGGCCGACAACAAAGCAUGCAGACAGGCCGUCGUGGACCAUCUAACAGCGCAGCAAGCAACGUUCACAGAGCCAGCGCCCGCAGCUUCAACCGCCAAGCCAAAACCAAAGGUGAACAAGGUAAAGAAGGCACUCACCGCCGAAGAGCAACGCCACAAAGACUUUGAAAAAGGCCUCAAAUGGAUUGAUGGCAUGGCUUCGAAAGCAAGAGCAACUGCCCAACGACUCAGCGAGAGCGGCAUCGCGCAUCAGGAGGCCCUCACCUCUGCGUUGGGGGAUGUCUUCGCGCGUGCUUCCAAUCUUAGCCAGCAGCUGAACAAAAUGAUCUUCGAGCAGAAGCCCUUUGAUGAAACGGAGAUGUGUAUGCACGAUGAGUGGACAGAUAUGCAGGACUGGGAGACGCGGGUCACGGAGGCCGAGACCAUCAUUGUGGCAAAGGAGCGUCGUGAGGCAGCGGAGAAGCGAAAGCUCGAAGGGAAAUCCAAAGCAAAGUCCAAAGCCAAAAAGAAGACUGAAGCCGACGUGAAGCAAGAGCCCUCUACACCAAGCCUUGCCACCUUAGCUGACUGGCCUGCCGAUCAGGAGAGCUGAUCGGAGUCAAUCGCGGUGCGUUCUUUUUGUGCGGGCGCGGUUUUGCCCAGGGUGCAAUGCGCCAACGGACUGAAAGAGGGAC